AUGGAUAACUCGCGUACAUACUAUGAGCUUAUCAACUCCAUCUCCUCUCCCGCCGAUCUCCAGAAUGAAAAGCAUGUUCGAACAUCGCAUAUCCGGGCCGAGGCAGGCGGAGCUGAGCCUAGAACGAUCAUAGUGGUGGAUUCAGAUGUCGAGAUCGCCACAGUAACAAAAGCCUAUCCAUCUACUUGGGUCGUCACGACUCGCCAGGAGAUCCCGGAAAUUCAGCAAGCUGAACUCAUGGGCGAUGGGACAGAUCUGUGGCGGCUGCGAGAACAAUGGUUCGAAUAUGCGCAAAGUACGGCAUACGUGUUCAUCUACCGGGAUGUUAUCCCUAUGAUUUGCGCAAUAAUUUGUUGGUUUGGUGCAUGCCACCUUGGAAGUGGAAGUGGAGGUGGUGGGCCGUAUGCAUUGGCGGAUAUAACCUGUCAUCUGUGA